AAGGCCCCGACCCGGUUCACUCUCAGUCACGGUAGUCAAAAUUCAGAGUUUCAGAGUUCAGAGUAUUCCCCGACGAGAGAUUUCUCACCAUGGCUAUGGCUUUCAAGAUGGCAACCACUGGAAUGUGGGUGAGCGAUGAGUGCAAGAAUUCGUUCAUGGAAAUGAAAUGGAAGAAGGUGCAUAGGUAUAUCGUGUUUAAGAUUGACGAAGGAUCGAGGUUAGUCACCGUCGAUAAGGUCGGCGGUCCGGCCGAAAGCUACGAUGAUCUCACCGCCUCAUUGCCGACCGACGAUUGUCGAUAUGCGGUGUUCGAUUUCGACUUCGUCACCGUUGAUAAUUGCCGGAAGAGCAAGAUCUUCUUCAUCGCGUGGUCGCCCACCGCAUCAAGAAUUAGAGCGAAAAUUCUAUACGCAACUUCAAAAGCUGGGCUGAGGGGAGUGCUGGAAGGUAUCCAUUACGAAGUCCAAGCCACCGAUCCGACUGAGAUGGGGAUGGAUGUGAUCAAGGACAGAGCCAAAUAGAUAAUAAUAAUCAGAAAAAAUAGCUAAUCAUCGAUCUUUAGGCAUCUUUUUUUACUUUGUUUUUAAAUAAUGAAUGACCACUCCAACCAUAUAGUUAUUGUCUGCUUUUUAUUUCUUGUUUGUUCACUCUCUCUUUUACUUUGGAUUUCUAGAUUUUGAUUUUGGGCACUAAUGUUGUAAGUAAAAGAAAAAAUAUAUAUAUAUAUAUAUCUUCUAAUGUUGAGGACAAUUGUAUUAAAGCCCCUUUUCUCUGUAUUGGCUUUAAUCUUGAACAGGUGAGCUGAUAAUUUAUGUAAUGUUUAAUUUAA